UCUGAGCGCGUCUCCCUUCUUCGGUCCGCCCCGCCCCACCACCACAAAAGGGUCUCCUCCUUCCCCUCGCGUCCGUAGUCGCUCCCGCUCCUCCCAAGAACUCGGGCUCCAAUCAUUCUCUUCUAGAACCGUAAUAAUGGAGAAAUCCCUCGAAAUCGAGCAGUGAUCGAGAGGUCUGCGUCGACGAUGCGGCCCGCCGGCGCCAGGCUCGCCUUCUGGUGCGCUCGACGGAUUCUGAGAUCCAAGCUCCCACUCCUCGAGGAAUCGCCAGUCCCUUCUCUUGAGGGUUCUUCUCGCCGGUUUGCUGCGGGGAUUUGCAGUUCUUCUCGUGUUUUCGCGGAUGGGAAUUCCGAACAGUGAAACGGAGGUUUGGGAUUUCGAGAGGAACGUUUCAGGAACACUAUUUUCCAAGCAGGUAAUUUCAUGAAACAAGAUCGAUGUCCGCAAGGGAGGACUAUGAGGUACUUGGAGUAAGCAAGAAUGCAAGUGCUUCAGAAAUCAAGAAAGCAUAUUAUGCGCUUGCAAAGAAGCUACAUCCCGAUACAAAUAAAGAAGAUGCUGAUGCUGAAACGAAAUUCCAAGAAGUUCAACGUGCUUAUGAGGUCUUAAAAGAUGAGGAAAAGCGUUCGCUUUAUGACCAGGUUGGUCCUGAUGCAUUUGAACAGGCUGCUUCUGGUGGUGGUCCUGGUGGACCAUUUGGAGGUGCUGGAUUUGGCAACCCAUUUGAAGACAUAUUUAGUGGUGGGGGAAUGAAUUAUGAGCAUCAUUUUUCUUUGUUGCAACGCACGAGAGAAAAACUUAAGGGCGAUAUCCAGAAAAUGGGGAGUGAGCUUAGGCAUGAGAUCUAUGCAGUGGGGGCCCAGUUGGAGGCGGCAAAAUAUGACGUUAUAAAAUACUGCAUAUGUACUUUUGUCUCAAUAUAUGCUGCUGGUCUCGCCAUUGCCCGCAUUCUGAUGUAAAACAUUUUUUAGCCUCAGCAAAUUAAACAAGAAAUGAUGUUCUUUUGUUUUGUAAGAUACAGUUGCUAUAGAGUAUUAGCUCACUCUCGGAGGUAUGCUCAAGUCAGAGUGCUAUAGCAUAUCUAGUUUUUAGCUCGAGCCAUGCAUGUGAAAAGCUUCUUUAAGUAAAUUUUUAUUCGUAUUUUUUGCUACUAUAGAAAAUCUGGACUUCUUGUUCUUGGAA